AUGACCGUGCCUUCCACGCUCGAGCUGCCAUUUUCCAAAGACCUCAUUACGCUCCUCACGGCGCUGCGCCGUCACUUGCACAAGCACCCCGAGGUGACGUGGCAAGAGUUCCAGACGCAGGCGACGAUCCAAACGUACUUGAUCGAGCACGCCGGGAUUGCCCCGAAGACAUUCACAGGUAGCAUCCUUCUGCUUCGCUGCGUCGCGUUCCGAGGCGACAUGGACGCUCUGCCCAUGACGGAGCGCAACCCGCACCUCGAGUACGCCUCGUCGAACGCUGCGCACAUUGCGAGCACCGCCCAACACGAGCGUCCGCCUCCUCUUCCAGCCCCGGAAGAGGGUGGCUUUGGCGCCGUCAAGAUGAUUGAGGACAGGGGUCUCGACGGCGUGGACGAAGUCUGCGGCUACCACAACGGUCCAUUCCUGCUCAACACGCAUUACCGUCUCGGGACCUCCUCGCCGCACCAGACGCAGGACCCGGUCCUCGCAGCUGGUCACAUCAUCGUUGCCAUUCAAAGUGUCCUAAGCCAAAGCGUCGCUGCGCAGGAGAGUGCGAUCAUCUCGAUCACGCAGGUCCACGGCGGCGAAGCGGACGACGUCAUCCCAUCGCGCGUCACGCUCUCGGGCACGAUCCGCGACUUUAGCCCGGACACCUCGCGCUUGACGGUGAUUGCGACGCACACAGCGGCCGCGACUGCUACCCCGUGA